UGCAAAGCAGUAGAAAUUUUAGCAGUAAAAGGGCACACUUUAGGUCAAAUUAAUAGAACUUAAGAAAUAUGUAUGCCGAAUCAAAGCCGAUGAAAUGAUUUUUUGUGCAUUAAUGAUUAAUACACAAAGGAUAUUACCAACAAAUAAUAUAUAUAUUUAAAAGCAGGAGAAAUAUGACUUUGAAAGAAUGAUGAUUACAACUUAAAAUUGUCAAAAACGUUAUUAGAACAUUUUAUAAACAUCAUUUGUUUUAAAUGUUCUAGUCGAUCAAUUCCAUUUUUUAUCUUAUCUACCAUGUUGUAAUUCCAAGAACAUUUUUCAGUUGUGUGUGAACAUUUUUUCUUGCUCAUUUUCUUUUGUUGUUUAAAUGUGGCUUAAAUGUUCGUAGAGCUAUUGUGUUGGCCCCAAUUGUUUGAGUGUGUGUGUGAGCCAGUUGGCGAAUACUUUGCCUUUCUCUCUUCGCCUUACUGUUGUUGUUGUCGCUAGCCUUCUGCAAGUGUAGUCAUGUUUUAAGUAUAAGUUCCCUUUUUGAUUUUGUCUAUCUGGAAUUUGGCGUUGUUUUCAUUUCCCUACAAAUAAUUCAGUUCCUUAUAAUCGUAAUCGGUAAGUGUGUGAGUGUAUUUGAAUGCGGGUGUGUGCAGCUAAUAAACUAACACUGUAACUAAACAAAAGAUAUUGUACUUUUAGGUACUUUACAACAAUUGCAAUAGAGCGCUCUCUUCCUCGCUCCAUCACUGACGCUAUCUCUUUUGCACAGCCGACCCCCUUUCUGUUGCCUUCUCACUCUCACUCCCCUUUCUCUUUGGCGUUCUCGCCCGUUCUUACAUCCCCUUUGGAUGACGUAGACGCUCUUUUGCCAGCCAUUCAUUGCUCCACUUUCACACGGCUGCGAGAGAGCUGGAGCUCCAAAGAGCAUUAGAGAGAGAGCGGUCUCCAGGAGCGUACUAAAGGGGUGAUAUAAAUGUCUUAAAAAAAUUAGUUUAAAAAACUAUUUCUUCAUAUUUUUUUCAUUUUUCACAAAACACACUUGUUUUACGUUAAUAUGUUUAACAAUAAAAGUUCAAAAUAAAAAUUUAACGAGUUAAAGGAGACGUUUCAUGGUUAACAAAACUAAUUGAAUUUAUGGUAAUGUUGAAAUCUUGAGCAACAAGCAAAGACAAAUAACUUGGCUUUUUAAACCCACUCGCCCCCUUGACUACGCCACUGAGGUCCCUCUUGUGGUUAGAAGCAACGUUUGUUGGUGCUGCCUUUUGUUUAGGUUUGUUGUUGCGCUGGCCGUUGCCCGUUGCCAGUUUGCCAGUCCGUCAGUCUGCGCUGGUUCCCGUUGGCGUGGUGAGGUGUCCGCUCGCGCUCUCUCUCCCUCUCUCCGAAUCCCGCUUCCACUAACAACUACAAAACAACUGCCGCUCCGGCAGAGAAAAUGCGCUGGCAGUUGCAGCUCCAAACGCUCCAAAAGCUCCAAUUGUUUUGAACGCUCCAAAAUCUUCAAUAAGAAUCCAAGCAAAUCACCACGAUGCCACCGCACAAGUGGACGGAUGAGUCGCGGGACGCGUCCUGUUACUACGAGGAUACGACCGCAUCCCGAUUACGCCGGCCGUCGUCCUCUUCCAACUCGUCCGCCUCGGUGGAACGAUCCGAUGAUGAGGCGGAUGACGAGCGGGAGGCGUUCUGCUCCGGCGAACGACCACUAAUCCGCUCCAGCGGCGCAGCAGAGGUAAACGAUGGUUGUGGCCCAAAGACGCGUCACAUUUUCGGCUUCAUGGGCUUCCUGGGAUUUGCCGUCGUCUAUGCGAUGCGUGUCAAUCUCUCGGUGGCCAUUGUGGCCAUGGUGAAUCAAACGGCCAUACCGCACAGCAACUCAUCGGUGAUCGAUGCGGACACUUGUCCGCUGCCGGAACCCAAUCACAAUGGCAGUAAUCCCAAUCCCCAAAGGGAGGGCGAGUUUGUGUGGGACGAGGCCACGCAGGGAUUGGUCCUGGGCAGCUUCUUCUAUGGCUAUGUGCUCACCCAAGUGCCCGGCGGACGGAUGGCCGAAUUGUACGGCGGCAAGAAGAUCUACGGCUACGGAGUGCUGGUCACGGCUAUUUUCACACUUCUCACCCCGCUGGCCGCCCACUGGGAUCUGCCGCUGCUCGUGCUGGUCCGCAUUUUGGAGGGCAUGGGCGAGGGUGUCACCUAUCCGGCCAUGCACGCCAUGCUGGCCCACUGGAUACCGCCGCUGGAGAGGAACAAGUUCGCUGCCGUCGUCUAUGCGGGCUCCAAUAUAGGCACCGUCAUAUCCAUGCCCCUGGCCGGAUGGCUUUGCUCCCUGGACUUUCUGGGCGGCUGGCCAUCGGCCUUCUACAUCUUUGGACUGCUGGGCAUCUUGUGGUUCGUCGCCUGGAUGUAUCUGGUGUACGACAAGCCCAGCGAUCAUCCCCGGAUUUCCGCGUCGGAGCGUGAGUACAUCGAAAGGUGUCUCAGGCUGGUCAAUCAGGAUAGAUUGGUGGCGGAGGAGCAGGAUCAGGAUGAGGAGCAGGAUGGGGUGAAUCUAAGAGGGCCGCAGGAGAAGCCCAUACCAUGGUCAUCGCUGCUCACCUCUGUGCCCCUGUGGGCCAUCCUGUUGACCCAAUGCGGCCAGGGCUGGGCCUUCUACACGCAGCUGACCGAACUGCCCACCUACAUGAGCAACAUCCUGCACUUUGACAUCCAGUCGAACGCCCUGCUGAAUGCCGUGCCCUAUCUAACCUCCUGGUUCGUGGGCAUCGCCUGCUCCGCCCUCGCGGACUGGAUGCUGGCCAGACGCUACAUAUCCCUGUUGAACUCGUACAAGCUGUGGAACACGGUGGCCUCGGUGGUGCCGUCGCUGGGCCUGAUUGGCAUCAUUUACGUGGGUUGUGAUUGGGUGUGGGUCACCUUUAUGCUGGCCGGCGUGGGCUCUUUUGGCGGAGCCGUCUACGCCGGCAACCAGAUGAACCACAUAGCCCUAAGUCCCAGAUAUGCGGGCACCAUGUACGGGAUUACCAACUCGGCGGCCAAUAUCUGCGGCUUUAUGGCGCCCUAUGUCAUUGGGUUGAUUAUCAACCAUCGCGAGACUUUGACCCAGUGGCAUCUGGUAUUUUGGCUGGCGGCCGGCUUGAAUAUUGGCGGUAACUUCAUCUACCUGAUCUUCGCCAGCGCCGAGGAGCAGAGCUGGUCGAAGACACCUGCACCCACUACAACACGCAUCUCACGAGCAUCCCUGCGCGCUUAAAGCACGCAAUACUAUUCGCUAUUUUAGCUAGAUCAUAAGCAUUUGUGAUAAUUCCGAUAUACACAUAUAUAUCCUACAUAUAUAUGUGUGGGGUCUUGAUGUUUCCCGGUUGAACUGCAAAAGAUGUGGCUUCCAAAAAACAAACCGAAACUAGUGCUACCAAAUUGGAAUGGGAUAUCGAAAAGGAUGUUAACUGUUUUAGUGUAUUAUAUAUAUACGUGUAUCGUCCUUUUAUAUGGA